AUGCGCCCCUCAACUUCCAAGCGCCGCUUCCGUGCAACCAUAACUAACCCGACUUCCUCUCCUCCUUCUCGGCGGUCGACACAUGAUGUCUUCAUAAGCUUCCGCGGCGUGGAUGUGCGCAACACAUUCGUAGACCAUCUGCACUCCACACUCGGAAGAAAACGUGUCAUCGGUUUCAGGGACGAUGACAAUAUGGACGACUCGAACGUAGGUGAAAACGUGGACCAACGUAUUCUACGAGCCAUCGAGGACUCGAGCUCCUAUGUCGUCGUUUUGACAAGGAACUACGGGUCAUCCGCAUGGUGCUUGGACGAACUCGUCCAUAUCAUGCGGUGUUCUAGGCACAACUGGGGACGUAGAAGUCGAAUUUUCCCCAUCUUUUAUCAUGUAACGCCAGAGGAUGUUUCCUCCGGCUGUUACGAGGACGACUUUGAUCAACACAAGAGGAGAUAUACUUACGAAAGAGUCGAUGGGUGGCUUCGAGCGCUUGCCUGGAUCGUUGGAAUUAGUGGUUGGGUCGUCACUAGUGGCCAGUCGGAAGCAGCGUUGGUGGAGAGCAUUGCCGGAACCAUACAACGACAUGCACAUCGAGCCGCAGAUAAGACCGAUUCAACGGGGAGGAGCAUGGAGAUGCGUUACCGAAGGAGGGAAAUUACAAAUUAG